AUGAUGGCAACCAGGGCCUCCACGGUCAUCUUAAAAGUUCGCCUGGGCAACGACAUUCGCAAGAUUCCCAUUCACAACGCUGAUUUGACGUACGACGACCUCGUCUUGAUGCUCCAACGCGUCUUUGGCCCCACUGGUCGCCUCCCGAAGGAUGACUUUACCAUCAAAUAUGAGGAUGAAGCGGAUGCGGCUGUCUCGAGCAUCGACUCGGCAAGCAUCGACAACAUCCACCGGCAGCUGCAAAAUGUUUGCGUGUCAGUCAACGACCUUGUGCGGCGCCUUGAUCAGGUGGCCGGCAGUGUGACUGGCGGCCACAGUGGCAGUGGUACCGCGGGCAGCACCUCGGGUACCCGCAAACCCUCGGCAUCAACCGACGCCUCUAAUCAGGCUACCAGCAUGGUGAAUGCACUGGCGCGCUCGGCGUCCCAGGCAAGCACCCGGGCCACCACCCCCAAGACCACAAACCCUGCCGUCAGCGUCUUUGAUCCCAUUGGCUCCCCCACCCCUACCUCACCCGCCAAUCCCAGCCAGGGUCCAGGCAAGAGCACUGCCCCAGCGUCCGCGGCAGCGAGCAUGCCGCCCUCCUCCAUGGCCCACGCGAGCACGCCCUCCUCCAUGCCAUCCUCCUCCAUGCCGCCCUCCUCCAUGCCACCCUCCUCCAUGCCGCCCUCCUCCAUGCCGCCCUCUUCCAUGGGCUAUGCUCCCGGUCCCUAUCAGAGCUCCUACCAGGCCUACAGUGCCCAGCCAGGCAUGCCGCCGCCGCAACAACCACAACAACCACAACAGCAGUCCCAGCAACAAGGCUAUGGCAGCUACUCUGCAUACCCCACCAGCAGCGCCAAUUACGGCUCCUAUCACCCCCGCUCGUAG